CUCCGAAAGAAACUAUCAAACUUUGAACGCAGCUCACUUUAUACAAGAGCCUUAUCUCAUGUCGCGUGGACAGUCAGAUAAGCCUGGAUAUAAAUACUUGGAAGGUCGCCGUCCUAGAUCUAUUUGUUGCUCCUGUUGGACAAGAAGGUCGUGGUACUUUAAGUUAGCUAUGGGAAUCUCCGGUGUUCUGUUUGUAGCUGUUUUGGGAGUAAUCAUAGGACUAGCUGUGUCGGGCCCCCUUCAUGCAUCUUGUAAAAUUGACUGGACAUUUGGAACCUCUUGUGAUGAUGUGAAGUCUAAGAUCAAAGGUCAGAUAAGUCAAUGGACAACCGCAGACAACUGUGCGAACGGAGGAGAGAAAUGUCUAUACAAGUUUACGAGUGAAUCAGGCAAUACACUGAAGGCAAAGCAUGAAACUCCGGUUAAACAUUAUGUUGAUGAUUUGACCUUCACCUUUAUGCCCGCAAGUUCCACAGCAAAAUGCAAUGUUCAGGGCUUUUCCACAUCAGAGACUUGGUAUGCUCUGUUAGACUAUGGCACAAAUUACUGUAAUCUACACAACUUAAUCACAGGGUCAGGUCUGGACAAAGUUAGUGGUUACUCAGAGAAGACAAGUGACAGCAUAUGUACCCAGUACUCCUCAGCUAACUGUACUGUCUACUAGUACACCAAUAGUAAAAUGUACUCUGUACUAGUACACCAACAUAAAUACUAGUACACCUAUGUAAACUGUACUUUCUACUAGUACAGCUACAUAAACUAUGUAUGUAGCACUUCUAAUGGUCUUUCAUUUCAAUGUUCCAAGACUUAAGUCACUCAAUUUUUGCUUUUGAA